ACCGGCUUCCGGAGCUGUCUUCUUCUCUCUCGUCCCUUUCUUCCUCAUCUCCUUCUUUGCUUCCAGAGAGUCUCAGCUCUCCCUUCCAGUUCUCUUCUGUGAAGUUUCCUCAGCUCUGCUAUAAAUAUUUCUGCUCCCCUCAUUUCAACGGAAGCUUCUGGACCUCUUCAGUAAGAAGCAGCGGUAGCUCGGUCUCUCUCUCUCUCUCUGGGUGCGACCCAUCACAGGCGCGACGGACAUGUCGGUCACCCUUCACACCAAUCUGGGCGACAUCAAGUGCGAGAUCGCCUGCGACGAGGCCCCCAAAACUGCCGAGAACUUUUUGGCCCUAUGUGCAAGUGGUUAUUAUGAUGGAACCGUAUUCCACCGGAAUAUAAAAGGUUUUAUGAUUCAAGGUGGAGACCCAACAGGAACGGGAAAAGGGGGAACGAGUAUUUGGGGCAAGAAAUUCAAUGAUGAGAUAAGAGAGUCUCUUAAGCACAAUGCAAGGGGAAUAUUAUCGAUGGCAAAUAGUGGGCCCAACACCAAUGGGAGCCAGUUUUUCAUAACCUAUGCGAAGCAGCCACAUCUCAAUGGACUGUACACGGUGUUUGGAAGAGUGAUUCAUGGCUUUGAGGUCCUUGAUCUCAUGGAGAAGACUCAAACAGGACCAGGAGAUCGGCCGCUUGCUGAGAUCAGGCUUAAUCGGGUUACAAUACACGCCAACCCCCUCGCAGGAUAGUCAGUGGUGCUGCCUCAAUGUAUUACAUUGCUGAACCAGGGUCUGUUGUAUGGCAGCGUAAUUAUUAAGACGAAAGUAAUCUUACAUCUGAACGUCGAAAUACCAAUGGUAUUUAGGUACGGACAGCAUGAACAUACUGCUCUCGUUCUGCAGAUCUUUGUAUAGAAAUAUCUUGAUUGAGGAUUGUGCCAUUUUGACCCGCACCUUUAUAUAAUCCCAGGGAAAACAUCAGCAGCAGCAGCAAAACAAUUGAUUGUUCAUCAAA